ACCUCUCGUCUCUUCACCCUCUUUCUACACCUUUCCUUCUCUUCUCUUCCUCGUAACCAUGUUCGAAUCGGUCACGUCCUGGAUUUGGCCCAAGAAGGAGGAGAAGUACGACCCAACGAACCCGAAGAUGAACCCGCUCAACCCCCAGGGCCUCAAGCCAUGCUGCGCCUGCCCAGACACCAAGGCUGCACGCGACAAGUGUUUCCUCGAGUCGGGAGGCAACGAAGGACAAUGUGCCGACCUCGUCCGUGCGCACGUUGAAUGCAUGCGUGGCCUCGGAUUCAAGGUCUAAGAAGCUUCAUCUCCUCCGCUGCGUUGGGUCAGAGUUGCUGGGCGCGAGACGCCGUCGGGCAAGUUGCCGUCACCGACGGCUAGAGCUGCAUAUAUAUACGCACUAUCUACACUAGACGCAUGUCGUAACUUAUUCACUCAGAGAUAAUGCAUCGUCAC